AACGCCUCGCGGCUGAGAGAGUUUCUAAUCGAUGCGCCCUGCCUAGUCCCCAGAGAGACUGAGGAGAAGAAACACGUGACCGGAAUGGAGUUGGGUCUUCUGCUGUGGAUGAUGUCGACCCUAACGGGAAUCACAUCAGCUGUCCUGGAGCAGUACAGAGCAGUGGAUUGGUUGAGCAGGUAUGGCUACCUUCCUCCUCCGGACCCUCGCACAAGUAGAAUGCAGACCAAAGAGGGGCUGGAGAAAGCCAUUCGUGUCAUGCAGAGAUUCGGCGGGGUCCAGGAAACUGGGGUGCUCGACAAUGAAACACUUAAACUCAUGUCUACGCCUCGAUGCUCUCUUCCUGAUAUCAUUGGUAAUGAGGACAGGCUGAGGAGGAGGCGGAAAAGAUACGCGCUGUCAGGCCUUAAGUGGCACAAGACAGACCUCACAUGGAGUGUCCACAGCUACCCGUCGCCCUCCCGCUCACCCGGCCUGUCGGGUGACUCGGGACGUCUGGUCGACAGCCUCCUGACUCGAGCCUUCAAAGCCUGGAGCGACGCGGCCCCCCUGAACUUCCGUCAGCUGCAGAGUGACAGAGAGGGGGUGGCGACUGAAGGGGACAUCAGAGUGACUUUUGCCCGCAUGCUCCACGACGACGGGUACCCUUUUGACGGGCAGGGUGGCACCCUGGCCCACGCCUUCUUCCCCGGCAGGGAUGUAGUGGCGGGUGACACACACUUCGAUGAUGAUGAGAUCUGGAGCUAUCGAGGUGACAGCGGCAGCACAGACUUGUUCACGGUCGCAGUGCACGAAUUCGGCCAUGCGCUGGGCCUGUCCCACUCGUCCUCUGACCCGUCCAUCAUGAGGCCGUACUACCAGGGCGCUGUGGGAGACGUUGCCAACUUCCAGCUGGCUAUGGACGACAAGUUGGCCAUCCAGCAGAUCUACGGUGUGAGUGAUGGCGGACCACCAGGAGGUGUUGAUCCUGACCUCCCACGCCUGCCCAGACCAUCUCCUCCAAGACCAACACGGCCUUCUGACCCCUUAUUCAAAGAGCGCUGUGAGGGAGGCUUUGACGCAGUCGCAAAUAUCAGGGGAGAGGUGUUCUUUUUUAAAGGUAACCGCUUCUGGAGGACUAAGCGAGACGGGUCUUUGGUGUCCCUCAAUCCGGCUCUGAUCAGAAACUUCUGGAUUGGCCUCCCGCCGGGAACAAACAAGGUGGACGCCGUGUACGAGAGGAAGAGCGACAGCAGCAUCAUCUUCUUCAUUGGACCUCAGUACUGGGUCUUCAGGGACACUAUAGCCCAGAGCGGCUACCCGAGGCCCCUCUCCGAUUGGGGCAUGAAGACUAAGAGUGGGGGGGCGGUGGAGCGGGUGGACGCAGCCUUCGUCUGGUCCCACAACGGCAAGACCUACCUGUUCAGCGACGGGGAGUUUUGGAGGUUUGACGAGAGUCCCAAGGACCAAAAGGGGACCAUGCAGCCGGAGCAGGGCUACCCCCGGAACAACAGCCUCUGGGGGGGAGUGCCGCCUCACAUGGAUGACAUCAUCAGCUGGGGAGAAGGAGAUGCCUACUUCUUCAAGGACAACCUCUACUGGGUGCUUAAGAAAGGAGGACUGAACCAAGAAGUCGUCAUGUCUAAAUCCAUCGCUGUGGACUGGCUCAGAUGUCCAGCUCCGCCUGUAACCUCCACUCCUCGCAUCCCAAAGGAGUGCAGCUGCGACUUAAAGGGAUCCUCAUCCUUUCUCAGAAGCAGCUGGCUCCUCCUGAUCUCUACUGUAUUGAUAAUUUAAGCAUUUGUUAGAAAAUAGAUAGCUGAGACGUCAUUUUUUGGAUACCAAGUGGCUGCAGGAUGUUUUUGUCCUUCUUCCCUUGUUCCAUUAAAGGGAACAUAAAGGCUCUUUACACUCCCAGUACAUUAAAACCCACAAGCUGGUUUCAGAUUACAUGAAUACCCGCCCUAUGUUGAAUAACCUAUUCCAUAGAGCCCUCUGAAUUCUUUUUUAUAUCAAUAAAUAAAAAUGUUUCUGGGGUACAUAAAGCCAAUCAAUGACAUUGGUGGUUCAUAUCUGAUAUGAAUUUGCUGCUUGUGGAACCACGAUUUAUCCUAAAGGACUUAUAUUAGGGUUGGUUUGCAUUUCUAAGGCCUAAUAAAGAAGGCUUCUAGCUUUUUAUAGUGAAUUUUGAGGUGUCUAUGUAUACAAUAAUUUGAGGGAAACAGCAAGUCUACCCUCACAAUCUCCAUUUAUUGAUUGUAAAUAUAUCUAGUUUGCAUAAGAAACACCUAAGUGUUAUUUUGUAAAUGAAAGCUUAUAACAAAAAUCUAUUUAAACAGUGGUGCAGUUCAUCCAGUAAACAGAAAAAUACUGUUACAUUAUUUAUUAUUUUUUUAGCAGGAACAAUUAAAGAAUGUUGGCUUUAAAACAUUGACCACAGUAAUCUUGAAAGACCUGAUAAUGCGUUUCAGCACAUUCCCAUCAUCCGGUAGAUCAAAUGUUUUCUUUUGAGUCCUUCUCUGUCUUCUCUUCUACUAUAGCAUAAGACCUAAGUUAUUGUAAAUACUCGACCUCUUAGGAACAUAAAGCUGACCCAUGACAAUACAUUUAGCCUCCUCCCUCCAUCCUGCUAUAGAAUGUCACUCCCUACUUUUCGAUGAGAAAGUAUUCAAUUACAUGGAGCCUAUAUAGGACAAAGCAUAGAAACUCCCUUAAGCUUUACUCAUCCACCCCGUGUUUGGGCAGUAAAACAGGCCACACAAAAAGACUGAAAAGUACUUAAAUCUUGUGCAUAUACUUUACAUGGAGACAUUUGAGCUGAUAGUGGGCUUGGCUAUGUUAUUGCAACAGUUCUGCAAACAGAGAUGUGGACUCUAACGCAAUCAUAUUUUAUAGUGACUGUUCAAAGCAGAGUGAACAUUAAUCAGUCAGUGGGGGAAUUAAGGUUCCUGAAAUGACAGAUGUCAUAAA